AUGUUAUUUCGAAACACCAGUUUACUUAGAACAAGAAAGUUACUGAAUAUGGACCCUAGAGUAUAUCUAGGUAUCCUACCAGAACGUAUUUCCUUUAUUCAUCUUUUGUCGAACAAAUUUUCAUGUAAUGACGGAUUUUUUACUUCUCACGAUGCUGUAUGUCUGAUUUUUAGAAAAAUUAGGUUGAAUGAGUCUUUCGUAGUCCUUGCUUACGAAUUCGGAUUAAGCCCACGACAAGCAUGUAGGAUUUUUAAUCGAUAUGUUAGUUUUAUUGCAGACCAUGUUCUGGAGAUCAUUGUGUGGCCUAACAGUAAUUCUUUAAAAAGAGCAUUGCCGGUUUCGUUUAGGAAAAAUUAUAGCAGGGUCCAAUCAAUAAUAGACUGCUUCGAAAUAGAAAUACAAAAGCCAAGUGAUCCCGUUAAUCAAGCACUUACUUGGUCUGAGUACAAGGGAUGCAACACCUUGAAAUAUCUCGUUUCGAUAACUCCUGACGGUUUAAUUAAUUUUGUUUCAACAGGAUAUGGAGGCAGAACCACUGACGAAGUGGUAACUGCCCAGAGUAAAUUUCUUGAAAAGCUACAGCCGGGAGUUCAUGUUAUGGCAGACCGAGGUUUCAAAAGAAUAGAACCUUUCAUAUCCAGCAAAAAGUGUGUUUUAGUUCGUCCAUCAUCGGUGUCAUCAGGUGUACAUUCAAGCAAGAGAGAUGUUAUUGAUAGUAGAAGGAUUUCAGGUUUACGCAUUCAUGUGGAAAGAGCUAUUAGGCGAAUACGUGAGUUUAGUUUUGUUUCCCCUCAUGCAUGCAUAACAAACCAGCAACUUAAGCAUGUUGAUGAUGUAAUAAAAAUUGUUUGUGGCCUUGUAAAUUUGCAAAAUCCUUUAAUAAAGUAA